AUGGGGAACUCUCAAACCAAAGAGUCGCGGACGCCCCCACGCCGUCGGAGCCAGCAGUGGUCUCCUGGACCAUCUGAAGCCCCAGGCCGCUCCUUAUACCAAAGCAGUCGGUCGGGCAGAAGUCGCCCAGAUCUGUCUUUACUUGGUAUCGGCAGCAGCCAUCAUGAUCGGGACCGCGACGUGGCCUCACUCGAACAGCGGCGUGAGACGAAACAGGAACGUGAGGCCCGCCGACUGGAGAAAGAGCGUGCUGCCCGGGUAAAGGAACGGGAGCGCAGUAUGAAGGAGGAACAUGUCGACGGAGGAUACUUAGUGACGCAAGGUGUAUACGUGGGGACAGAAGACUUCAGCAAAGCAGUUGUGCGGCAGUUAAUGAUUGAACGACGGCUGGCUCCCUUUUGGAGGGGAUUGAAUGAUUUCUCGGAAUCGUGGGCAGAGCAUCAGCUAAUGGCUGCAGCUCGGGGAAUGCCCAUACCGGAACCCGACGAGAUCCCCCCUGAACUGGAGUAUACACCUCCCAAAGCAACAGAAGUCAAGGAAUCGGCUGGCGCUGCCAACAUCCAACAUCUUACCGUCCCCAUUACUUCGCGCUCGCAGUCCCUCAAUUCAGAUGUAUCGCAAUCCUCAAACCCCCCUCAAUCGUUACCGUCCGCUGCAUCACCGAUCGCGUCGGGCACAUCGACGUCGCCACUCUUCCGUACGCGAGCAAAGACUUUGGCAGCCUUGACCUCUUCUUCAAAGUAUAGUUCGCAAGCUGAAGUAACCCCGCGGGAGCUGCAAUUACCAAAUGACCCAUAUGUCAACGGUCAACCGAUUGAAGUCUAUCUAUACAAGGAUGCCUGCGAAUGUCCUAUCUGCUUCCUUUACUAUCCCCCUUACUUGAAUCGCACUCGAUGCUGUGACCAGCCCAUCUGUUCCGAAUGCUUUGUACAAAUCAAGCGCCCGGACCCUCAUGUUCCAGAGCAUGGGGAGUCAGAUCCCAAUGCAAAUGGCACAGCCGAGGGGGAAGGCACUGAGCGAACUGAUACUGGGGAAUCGCAGCUCGUUUCAGAGCCUUCGGCAUGUCCUUUUUGUGUUCAGCCUGAAUUUGGAGUUACUUAUGCUUCACCACCCUUCCGUCGUGGUCUGACGUACGCUACGGACCUAAGCGGUCGUCCGUCGCCCAACGUCACUUCCCCCGUCUCAUCCUCCUCCUCCCUAUCUUCCGCCAAUAUCCCUUCAAUAGCUGGCCGCCGUCGGGCGACAUCCUUAUCUGCCAGCGACCCUGCGGUGGUCACGACUGAUAAAGUUCGCCCAGACUGGGCUCAAAAGUUGGCGAAUGCUCGGGCGCAUGCGGCACGCCGGUCCGCCGCCGCUACUGCUCUGCACACUGCGGCAUAUUUGAUGAACUCUUCCUCUGGAGAAAAUUCGCGGCUUGGGCUUGGGCGCAGAGGAUUGCGGCGGGCGACUCAGAGUGACGCCGGCCGGUCCGGCUCACCGGCCUUGAAUGCCUUGGGAGACAUUGCGCCGCCGCGCGACAGCUCUCGACGGACCCGCAUUGACGACCUCGAGGAUAUGAUGAUGAUGGAGGCAAUCCGCCUGAGCUUAGCCAGUGAAGAGGACCGGCAGAGGAGGGAAGAAAAAGAGGCCAGGAAAGACGCUAAAAAAAGAGAGAAGGAGGCUAAGAAAGCCGACAAGGCGGCACGUAAAACUGGAUUGUAUAGUAGCAAUACCAGCAGCACUGCUUUGGCAUCGCCCCCCGAGCUCUCGUCUGCCAAGGCAGCCAGUGCGACGCCUCCAAUCGUCGAAGAAGCGUCGGCGCUGGGCAAAGGCAAAGGCGUUGAUCGUGAAUCAAGGUCAAGGCCCCCGGCUUCGGUCGAGAAUGUCUCUUCCGCAGAUUCUAUUUUGAUGGCUGCCGACCCGUCUACCCUGGCUGAGCCUUCCCGACCUUCGCAGUUGCGCCAUGUUUCCAGCGCAUCCUCCUCAUUUUCAUCGAACACAGGCAAUACCCCAGAUGAUCAUGUUUCUAACCCGACCGCCGAAGAAGGUAAAACCUCCACCGAGCCCAUGUUCAACUUCCGCAGCCUGGCUGCUGUUAUUGAUGACGAAGACAAAGCUCACGAGCCGGAGCACGUUGAGAAUACGGCUCAGCCCAAUGUCGAGGGCUCAUCUAGUGGCACUCCAUCCAUCAACCAGCCAGCAGCUGACACGGGCAAGCCCGAGCCUGCUCCUGUGGUGAGAGCUGCAGCAACGGUUGAUGGUGUCUUGCCAAAGGAAUUGGAAACUCGGUCUGUUGAGAUUACAACCCCCGCAGCCGACUCUGAAACUACCUGA